AGGUGGAAGCAUUACAGCACGAAAGAAAACGAAUGCAAAUGUCCGUCCUGCUGCUGCUGCUGCUGCCGAUCGCCAACAGACUGCAACACCAUCAUCAACAUCAACAUCACCAUCAUCACCAUGUCAUCGAACACUGACCUCAGCUUCGAAUGGUCAAUGCUCGCCAAGAAGGAUUGCCGCAAAUGGAACACCGCUGAUUUGCAACUGGCAGCUGAGCUCGGUAAAACGCUGCUGGAAAGAAAUAAGGAGCUCGAGGCGACCAUAAAACACCACCAAAACAUCAUUGAUGAUAAUGUACUGGAGAUAGAGUAUUUAACAAAACAGAACGCUGCCCUGCGCGAGGUAAACGAUUCGCGGAUGAAGAUCUACGAGCAGCUGGAGGUGAGCAUUCAGGAUCUGGAGAGGGACAAGUACAAGCUGGCGCUCGAGUAUCAGGCAGAGAAGAAACAUGUGAAACAGCUGUGUACGCAUAUUGAGAGCUUAGAAACCAAAGUAGAAGAGCUAACCCGAUCGCUCGAGGACGCUCGGCGGCAGGUGGAAACGUAUUGUAGGACCAAAAAAACGGACAGGUUGGUUAGUCAGCAGCAGCAGCAGCAGCAGCAACAACAGCCACCAUCAGGACUGCGGAUAAUAAGCCCAACCAGCCAUCCAUCGAAAGACGCCAUAGCUGUUGUUUCUCUACCAGAGGGCGAAAGCACCAGUCGACAGAUAGACGAAACCUGUCCACAAGUCAAACCAACGUCCUCGGCAACGGCACAGCACUGUGGUGUCACCGUAUCGUCCCAGCAGGCGGAUGAUAAUCUGGACGAGCGAGAUGGCGGUACCGGUACGGAGGAGCACACGCUCAGCGAAGAUAACGAGGAGGUGAUGCACAUUAUGCAGGAGCUGCAGCGUACGCAAAAGUGUCUAAUAUCCGAGCAAAGCAAGGUGGGCGAACUGGAGGAGCAGCUAGCGUCGAUUGUGCAGGAAAACACGGCACUCCACGAGAAGUUGCAGAACCGCUCGUCCGACCUCAAGUCUGGCGGUGAUGGGCCGUCAAUGCUGGAGGAGUUAAGGCAAGCGGGGCAGGUGUGCAUCCAUUGUCUGCGGGAUUUGCGCGAACAGCCGGACAAUGACUCCAUCAUCACUGGUACCGAGGACGAUGACGCCAGCCUGUUGGAGAUGAUGAAUAACGUGGAGUUCCCGAAGGUGUACCGGACAUCUGUAACGUUACAGAUAAAUCCAACGGAACCGGACAGCUUGGACCUUUCGGCAAGUGAAUGUGCCGGUCCGACCAACCCGUACCGCGAGCUGGUAGAAAAGUAUGAAGCCUUGCUCGACGUUCACCGUCAACCGAUCGUACGCAAAUCCACGACGGCAGCAGCGGGCACAGCCUCAGCAACAGUUGGCUCCGGUAACAAUACACCCGUCGACAGCUGUCAACCGCAGCAGCUGUUGGGUGAUGCGGUCGAUGGUGAACCAGCCCCACGCUACUCGAUCCAGUUCAAUCCAGCCAUCGUGGGCGGUGAAAACCCGCAGCAGGAGCAACAUCCGAGCGCGCAGGGCAUCCGGUCGGCGGUGGCAGUGGCCGCCACCGAGUGCUCUGAAACCGAAACGGCCAGCUCGGGCUAUUCGGACGAGGUGAGCAACAAGGCAACGCAGACGGACGAGAGCCCGCGCAACUUCCUGUGCACGAUUGCGGACGGCAAGGACUGGCGGUUCAGCAUCUACGAGGAUGAGAGUGCUAUCGAUUCGCGGUUCCGCUUCAGUCCGGCGCAUCGCGAACUGUUCCGGGAGAUAUUUAGCGUGCUGCGCAAGGCGGCCGAAAAUCGGGACGAGGGUGACCAGCUGCCGCUGCUGGACGAUACGAAACCGGCCGGUGCUGUAGUGGCGGGCAAGGAGACAACCAAUCCGGUACCGCCGGUAACGCCCGCCAACGAGGAACCACCGUCCCGGUUCGGUGUCGAGGAGAAGGACGAAGACGACGACGAGACCGUCAGCUUCAUCAGUGAGCAGUCCUUCGCAAUGUCCGAAUGCAUCACUAAGUCAGAGCGUCGCCGUAUCGCUCGCCAAGCAAAGGCCGCCUGUCGGUAUGGGGAGGAGGAAGCUAACGAAUUGGAUGCGAAUCUUGCCGCCGAACAGAAUCAACGGCAGCAACUGCAGACACAGCAGCAGCAGCAGCAGCAGCCGCAACAGCAAAAGGAUAUGACGUAUCCAUUAGAAUACAUCGCUGUCGCCGUGAACAAGCGCAAGUCCCGCCGUCGAAGUCAUCGGCGGGAGGGUACCCAGCCAGCCACUCCACAGACACCACCCCGUACGGGCAGCGCACGAAAGCACCGUCCCACCUACCGACCGUGGAACCCUGAACGGGACGGUGUCAUCGCUGCACCGGGCGAAUGGAACGGUAACUCGAUGACCGUGUACAACCGGGCCAUGAACAAACCGGGCCAGUCCGGGGCUGCCACUACACUUGACGGUGCCAACACGAGCCAGACGCCAACGUCCACCAAGUCACGGCGGUCUAGCGAGAAAAAACGGAACGCCUCGGGCAACCGGUUCGCGGAGCUGCAGGAUAAGGCUCUCGGUGAUGAUGCGGUGGAAUUCCGGCCCUCGACUGCCUCGCAGCAUCUGCACAAACUGCAAAAACUGGAUCUCUCGUACGCGGAGGUGCUGCGCCGUGUGGAUGGUAACCAUCCCUUCCCUGCCCGACGCCAGUACAGCAAGCCGCAUACGCAGGAGUAA